AUGAGAUAUAAUCGUGUUGCUCCGGUUAGACUUACAUCAUUUGUCCAUGGAAUUUCAAUAGAACAAUUCGAAAUAGGCGCGUUCUACGAAAUCGAUCACGAAAAGCUUCCGCCGAAGUCUCCGAUCCAGCUGAAAGCCAUUCGGGUCGUAAAGGUAACGGAGACUUCGGAGUUGGACGUGACAGUGAGCUUCCCGAGCACCCUUUCGCUGCGGAACUACUUCUCCUUUUACCCGGCCGACGGGCGCGAGCCCGAGCUGGACGAGAGGUUCGUCAUGAGCUUGAAACAGGCGGUGAGGAUCCUCCGGAGACCGGUACCCUCGUCCACCUGGGAGGAGGAGAAAAACUUGGAGAGCUUCUGGCUCGUGGCUCCCAGGGCAUACGACUGCCAACCUCUCGCCUCGUUGCCCGCCACGGCCGCACAAGAAGCGGCGGAGGAGGAAGGGAGGACGUCAGAGCCGAUGGGUUACUGCCUCUUAGCCCUCCAAAGCGCCGGGACUUUGGGUUGGGGGAUCCGGCGGAAGGAGGAGCAGCAGGUUGGACAGAAGAGGACUCGUGAGGCUUGCAAGAAGGAGAAGGAAGAGAAUAAGAAAAGAAAGAAGAAGAAAGAAGACAAGAGGGAAAGGAAGAUGCCGCGUCAUGAGGAGGAGAAGAAGAGGAAGUGCGAAAAGGAGAGCCGGGUGAAGGCAUCCAAGGACCGGUGGUCGUCGGAGAGGUACGAGGCGGCGGAGAUGAAGCUGCUGGAGAUAAUGAAGGAGAAGGGGGCGGAGCUGGGGAACCCCAUCAUGCGUCAGGCGCUACGGGAGGAGGCGAGAAAACACAUCGGGGACACUGGCCUUCUGGACCACCUCCUGAAACACAUGGACGGUAAGACCGUGGCCGGCGGCACCGAGCGGUUCCGUCGACGGCAUAAUGCCGAGGGCGCCAUGGAGUACUGGUUGGAACCGGCGGAGCUGGUGGAGAUACGGAGGAAGGCAGGGGUGAUGGACCUCUACUGGAUCCCUCCGCCAGGGUGGAAACCCGGGGAUGCCGUGUCGCCGUGCCCGUGUGGCACAGAAUGCAAAAGGGACAUUCGUGAGCUCCGGGAGGAGAUCGCCGUUCUGAAGAGGGAUAUGGAGCUACUGAGUUCUCUGAGGAACCUGGAAAAGGUAGCUAAAGAAAUUCGCCCGGAAGUUGAUAAUGGUUCUGGCACCUGGGAGGAGAGAUACCAGAGCUUGCUGGAAUCGAACAGCAAGAUGGAAGAAAAUAUGUCAGCUUUAUCCAGUCAUUUGCUGGAGCUGAAGGAAGAGAUCCGCUUACUCAAGGAAGAGAAGGACAAGAAAACGGAGGUGGAAGCGGAGAUGGUGACGAAAGACAAGGGCUGGCUGGAUGGAGGUGAUGACAAUAAGGAGGAAGAGGAAAGGGGCAAACAGCAGCAAUCCAAAAACACCAUGAGUACUAAAAGUAGCACGACCAACGACAACAGCAGCAGCACCAGGGUCACUACUCCUCCUACGACCAUCGCCAAUGCCAACAGUAACAACAACAACAACAACAACGAUGGCAGCGGUGGAGGCGGAGGCGGGAAAAGGACGGUGAGGAGGAGUGGGUUCAGGAUAUGCAAGCCCCAGGGGACGUUCCUGUGGCCCAACAGCGCCGCGCUCAUCAGCAGCAGCAGCAGGAGGAACGGGGCGGAUGUGGUGGGGUCGUCAUCGCUACGCGCCCAGGCCCAGGGGCUGAUGGUCCCCGCCGCGACCACCGCCACCACCGCGACGCUGGAGGAUCAGCUCAUGUUUUUCGGGGGAAUCCCCACCCCACCCUCGGCCUCGUCCGCCACGUCAGCGCCCAAUCUCCUCCUCCUGCCGGCCCCGACGUCCCCCGUCCUGCCACGCGUCCCCGACCCCGCCGCGGCGGAGGUCGUGGUGGUCCCCUCCUCCUAUCAGCGUCACCAGCAGCAGCAGCAGCAGCAGGAGAGAACGGCCAGCUCCGAGAACAUCUGCCCUUCCGUGCACCGCCACCACCUCCCCACGGCACGCGGAACGUCGUCUCCGUUGGGAGGAGGUGGCGGAGAGAAUAAGAAGAAAGAGGCGUUGUGGGAACUGGCACAAGGGGGAGGGUGGAGCAACAUCACCACGGAUCUGGCCCUGGCUACGCCUUCCUCCUACCGCUGACGAGUCAUUUUUCUGGAUCCGCUGGUGAACCACAGAUGGUAAUUAGUUCAGUUUCUCCAUCUCCUAUUAAGACUAGUAAUGAUCGUUGCUCUUAUGUAGUAGCAGAAGGUCUUUUUUGUUUUGGCAAACAACCGAAGGUCCUUCACUUUCGUUUAGCUUUACCGCAAGUUUUCCCUUGCUCCGCCACGUUGCUUAGUUACUUUUUAGCCUCACUUAGCAUGGUUAGACUACGGCUACAAAGCAAGCGGGAGGAUCGGGGUCUUAUUUGUAUUAUAAAAA